AUGGCAGCACUCUUCCUCUCCAACCCCGCUCUCCAGCAGACGCUGGCCGAGCUCAGCAAGACAGCGCAACCCAGCUCCGUCGCCGACGUCGCGGCCCUGGGCGUCUUCGUGCUGGGCUCGGCGGGUUACCUGCUCAAGGACUACACGUGGGACAAGCCCGACCCGCACCGGCACGUGUGGUACGAGCGGCCGCAGCUGAAGCACAACGACGCCAGCGGCAGCAGCAGCAGCGCGCGUAAAGAAACGCGCAAUAUCGCGCAGAAGCUGGACGAGGCGGGCAAGGACGUCGUCGUCUUCUGGGGCUCGCAGUCGGGCACGGCCGAGGGUUUUGCCAACCGGCUGGCAAGGGAGUGCCGCGUCCGCUUUGGACUGCAGGCCAUGGCGGCGGACCUGUCGGACUUUGACCCCGAUACUAUCGCCCUCAUCCCUAGGGCUAAGCUGGCCGUCUUCAUCAUGGCGACGUUUGGCGAGGGCGACCCCAGCGACAACGCCCACGCCUUCUGGGACUUCCUGCACAAGCAGCAGCACCCCUCGCUGCCGGACCUGCGCUACGUCGCCUUUGGCCUCGGCAACUCCAGCUACAAGCACUACAACCGCGUCGUUGACGUCGUGGCCGCGGCGCUGGACCGCGCGGGCGCCUCGCCGCUGAUGGGCGUGGCCAAGGCCGACGACGCACACGGCCAGACCGAGGAGGACUUUAUGGCGUGGAAGGAGGAGCUGUUCGGCGUGUUCAAGGCGGAGCUGGGCGUCGAGGAGCACGAGACGGCGUACGAGGCGACGGUGCAGGCCGACGAAGACGAGUCCCUCGCGCCCAUCGACCUGCACCACGGCGAGCCGGUCCAGCACGGCAAGACAGCGCCGGGUACGUCGUCCAUCCGCGCGCUGGCUGUCACGAACCACCGCGAGCUGUUCGCCGCCUCCGACCGCAACUGCAUCCACAUGGAGCUGGACCUGACCGACCACCCACAACUCGUCUACAAGACGGGCGACCACCUCGCCGUGUGGCCCACAAACCCCGACGACGAAGUCACCCGCCUCCUCGCUAUCCUGGGGCGGGCUGACCGCGCCUCCGUCCCCAUCGCUAUCAAGUCCCUCGACGCGACGCAGAAACUCGGCGUCCCCACGCCCACCACCGCCGCCGCCCUCCUCAGCAACUACCUCGAGAUCUGCGCCCCCGUCCCGCGCGCCACGCUGCUGAGCCUCGCGACCUUCGCUCCAUCAGAGGAAGCAAAGGCGUACUUGCUGCACCUCGGCCAAGACCGGACCGCCUACGCCGACUUCACCUCGCGCACGCACCUGACCGUCGGGCGCAUCCUCCAGCUCGCCAGCAACGGGGCGCCCUGGCCCGCCCUCCCGCUCUCCUUCCUCAUCGAGGCGCUCCCCCCCCUCCGGCCCCGCUACUACUCCCUCUCCUCCAGCAGCGUCCUCGCCCCCCGCCACGCAGCCAUCACCGCCCUCGUCGCGAACACUCCCCUCCCGAACAACCCAACCGCGCCCCUCAUCCCCGGCCUGACGACCAGCUACCUGCACGCCCUCACACAAUCCCCCACAAACCCAAAAAUACACGCCCAAAUCCGCCGCUCCCACUUCAAGCUCCCCGCCCUCGGCAGCACCCCCAUCAUCAUGGCUGCAGCCGGCACCGGCAUCGCCCCCUUCCGCGCCUUCGUCGCCGAGCGCGCGCGCCUGCACGCCCUGCGCAAGCCCGUCGCCCGCAUGCUGCUGUUCUUCGGCUGCCGCCACCCGGACCAGGAUUUCCUUUACCGUGACGAGCUGGCGGAGAUGCAGCGCCAGCUCGGCGGAUUGCUCACGGUUGUCACGGCGUUCUCGCGCCGCGGCGACGGCGACGGACCCGGUGCUGGCGGGAGAGUGUACGUCCAAGACCGCAUGCGCGAGCACAGCGCCGAGGUCGCCCGCCUGCUGGCCGACGAGGGCGCGAGUUUCUACAUCUGUGGCCGAGCGAGCAUGGCGCGCGAGGUGGGGAGGGUGGUGGGUCAUGCUAUGGCUGCUGCGAAGGGGUGGGGCGAGGUGGAGACGAGGGAGUGGCAGGAGGGGUUCAAGAGGCGGGGGAAGUGGUUCGAGGAUGUGUGGGGUUAG